CUGCAGCGGGACCUUACCUGUUCCUCUAUGCCGCGCUGUCUUCCUGGCUUCUGUAGUCCGGUCAACAGUCAUCUCCUGUACUGUCCACAGUCUCUGGUCAUCUCCUGUGCUGUCCGCAGUCUCUGGUCAUCUCUUGUACUAUGUCCACAGUCUCUGGUCAUCUCCUGUACUGUGUCCGCAGUCUCUGGUCAUCUCCUGUACUGUGUCCGCAGUCUCUGCUCAUCUCCUGUACUAUGUUCACAGUCUCUGGUCAUCUCCUGUACUAUGUCCGCAGUCUCUGGUCAUCUCCUGUACUGUGUCCGCAGUCUCUGGUCAUCUCCUGUACUGUCUGCAGUCUCUGGUCAUCUCCUGUACUGUGUCCGCAGUCUCUGGUCAUCUCCUGUACUGUGUCCGCAGAUUCUGGUCAUCUCCUGUACUGUGUCUGCAGUCUCUGGUCAUCUC